UUUUGAUUAAGUUCCAUUCAAAUUAAUUUGCUCAUUGUUUUAAUUUGCAUAUUUGUGUUUGAAUAAACACAAUCUGAACAUUAAAUGUUGGUUCAAAUGAAGAUUCACAAUGUAUUUACAAUUUUUUUAUUCACAUUUUUCAUCAUUAAAUGUUCAAUAUCAACUGAUAUCGAUACGUUACAGUGUCACUUUACUGAUGGAUUUUGUAAUUGGUUGAAUCAAGAUGAAAAAUGGAAGCUCGGUGAUUAUACAAAUGUUACCUUUGGAAGACCUGUUCGUCCUUUAGUUAAAGGCGGCUAUGUUUAUGUUAGUGAUGGGCCUAACCUAAAUGGUUACCAGAUUUUGUCUCCAAUUUUGGAUCAAGAUGUUGAACCAUUUUGUUUAUCGUUCAAUUAUUACAUGUUUGGACCUGAUGUUGGUCAACUAACGCUUAGACUGAUCGACGAUAAUGGAUCCGGUAAUCAAUGGGUUGAAGUAGAUAAUGACGUUUGGAAUAGAAAAGGAUCACAAGAUGACGAUUGGUUUACUGGAAGGUAUCAUUUUACAUCGAAGAGAAAGACUAAAGUCAGGCUUGCUUUUGUAGCUACAUCAAGCAACAUUGCUCUAGGACCAAUUAAAGCUAAUCCAGGAUCCUGCGAUUAUUCAAAUUUAUGUAACUUUGAAGACAUUUCUGUAUGCUUUUGGUUUAUUGAACCCGAUUACUCAAGCAAUUUUGCUUGGUAUAUAUCGGAUGGAAAAUCUUCUGAAGGAAGCUUCAUAUUUAAAGAUGCUACAACUCAAUCUGAAUCUGGAAAAUUUUUGAGGACUCCAAAUGAUGGUGCUAUUGACAGUAAAAGUUUAUUAACCACCAAGGUUGUAUUGAAUUCAGAUGAAGCCAAGUGUAUGAGUUUCAACUUAUUCAAACCAAAUAAGGAUUCAGACUUGGUCGAGAUAAAUCUUGUCAAUAAUCAAUCCGCAACAAGAUACAUUUGGACAUCUGCUUCAAUCAAACCUAACUCGAAUUGGCAACCAGUUAGGAUAAGUUUACUUGAAGAUGGUGACUUUAACAUAUUUAUUUCUGCUCAUAAACAUUCAAAUGGAAACGAUACUGCCGUUGCAAUUGAUGACAUUCAAAUUAAUCCGCAAUCAUGUAAAAAUCUAAUUGAUUGCUCCUUCGAUGACACAAACUGUGCUUUAAGCAUCACAUCAGGACCACUUCUGAUCGGCUUUGGUCGCUUGUCUAAUGCAGAAUCCUUGAAUUAUACCAUGGAUUCUUUCAAAGAUAACGAUCCAAAUGAUUUUUUCAUUUACACAGAUAUUCCAACUACAAAUCAAUCUAUUACAUAUUCAUUUUCUACUCCUGCAGUUCCUAGCACUGAUCUUGCGUGCUUGUCUUUCCUUUAUUUCAUGGAACCAAUCGAUUCGUUUGCUAAUUAUUUGUUUGAAGUAAAUGUACAAUCGUCUUCGGGAUAUAAUCUUUUGAAAUAUGAACCUCAAGUCACCUUUGCGAAAUGGACUUCUGCUGAAUUUAUAUUAUCAACUAUCGAACUAUAUCAGAUUGAGUUUAGUCUAACAACAGAAUCUCGAUUAUUUGCUGCUUUUGAUGACAUCAAAUUAGUUGAAGGACAAUGUGGCAAGCAGCAUUUAGAUGAACAUCCAUCACCUAAAAUUUACAGAAAAGAUUCUUUCGAUGAUUUGUCCAAUUGGUCAACAUGGUAUACCUGGAAAGUUGGAGUUUACAAUUCUACCGGAGUUUAUGAUUCUGGACUUCCAACUGCUGAUCCUUUUGGUGAAAGAAAUGGUAAAUAUCUAGCAUUGACAAACACAGGAACUCCAGUAACAGCGGAAUUACAUUCUCCUUAUUAUGAAAGCGGUUUCUAUUGUCUAUCAAUUUGGUAUUGGUGUUACACAGAAGAUUAUGCCCAUCUUUUUGUUGUGUUGACGUCAGAAAAUAAUAAAUCAGUUCCCAUUAUUAAUGCGCUUUGUGAUAAACAGAAACAUUGGAAGUUACUUGAGGCAACUUUUAGCAUGAAAGAAAAGUUCAAACUUCAAUUAAUUGGUGAGGUUAAAAUGGGUGAUAUUGCAUUGGAUGAAAUGACAAUUUUUAAUGGUCCUUGUUACCAUGAUCAAGUAAUUGAUGAAACUUGUACAUUUGAUGAUGGGACUGAUUGUGGCAUUGAUGUUGUAGCAUCACCUUAUUACAAUUGGAAGAUUGAAUCAGGUUUCCAGCUAUCGACACCCAUGGUUGAUAAAUCGACCGCUACAUUGAAUGGAAAAGCCUUAACUCUCGAUUUGUCACCUGUUCCUCAAAUCAACUCGACUUCAUAUUUCUUUUUGGCCAACCUGGUCAAAGAAGAUAGUUAUUGUAUUUCAUUUUCAUAUUAUAUUGAAGGUGAUUGUCAUUUAGAUAUUUGGAAAACUGAGAGAGGUAAUAUUGAAGAUUUAUCCGGUCCUUUGGUGACAUAUGAUAAUAAAUUUGAAUCAACUUGGACUAAAGUUACGUUCCAGAUUGAUGGUGUUACAAAAGAGAGUGACAUUGUUUUUGGUGGUACCUAUUCCUCUGGUUCAACUGGUUUACUUGCUGUUGAUGAUUUGACAAUUUCAUUAGGAGAAUGUAUUUCAUCUGUUUUGUGUGACUUUGAUUCGACUUGUAAUUGGGACAAUCUACCCAUAGGCACAACUAUACCUGUUGAUGAGCUGGGAAUAUCAUAUGUAGUAACAACGCGUUGGCAAAUCAAUCCAGCUUCAAUUGCCGUAGCACUUGGAUAUCCGAGAAAAGAUCAUACAUAUGGCUCAUCUAACAACCUGGACGGCUCUUAUGGAUAUGCUUUAAUUGCUUCGAUUGAGAAGGCAAUUUUAGCUUCCCCUGUUAUUUAUCUUGAUGCAAGUGAAACUAUUUGCCUUCGACUUGCCUAUGUUGCUGAAUACCCUGGUAGUAUUGAGGUUUUGGUUGAGCAACGCGAAAAUGAAGCUUAUAUUUUCAAAAAUUUACAAAGUUAUGGCUCACAAUCGUGGAAAUAUGUUGAUCUUACUAUUCCUUUGAGAAAGAGCCAAACUCGAAUGGCUAAAGUUUAUGUCGUCUCUUCUUCUGCAGGUCGAUCGGCUAUCGAUGAUGUUCUUGUUACUAAAGGUUCAUGCCCAAUCUCAACUGAGUUUUUUACGUGUUCCGAUGGAACUAAGUUGCCUCAAACAAGUCGCUGUGAUUACAUUAAAGAUUGUCAAAAAGGAGAAGACGAACAAAAUUGUGGGAGUUGUGAGUUUAAUGUUAAUGCUUGUGGUUUCAAAAGUUCAGGACAAGCUGCCUGGGGUAUCAGAAACUCUAACAUAGCCUUGGAUAAAAAUCAGAUUGGAAUUACUACCACUGGUUCUCUGGUUAGCCCAUUGAUUCAACGUACUUCAUCUUCAUGCCACCUAACCUUUUCUUACUCUAAACCUCAAUCUGACCAUUUGGAUGUUUCUCUUUUGAUGAAUUCACGAGAAAUACAACUUUGGAAAAGUGAUUUAAUCGAUGAAAAAACAGACUGGAAUAUUGUAUCCAUCGAAUUGGGUCGAAUCCAAAGUCCCUUCCAGGUUCUGUUUACAGGAAUAACUACCUUCAGAGUUUUUGAGUAUCAAAAACUUUCAAUAGAUUAUGUUAGAUUUGUUAAUUGUGGAUACGAAACUAUUGAAUCUAAAGAUCCUGAUUUGUUUUCAUGCUCAAAUGGCCAGAAAAUUGCUUCAAAUAGAGUAUGUGAUGCUUCCUUCGAUUGUGAAAUGGGAGAAGAUGAAGAAAACUGUGAUAAUCAAGUCUUUUCUUUUGAGCACAAUGAAUUAUUUCCUUGGUUCAAUGCUGCCAAUGUAUCUAAUUCAAAAUAUGAAUGGAUUGUCACUACAGGAGUGGGAACUAUUUCCUUGAAACCUACCCUUGACCAUACAAGAAGACUGCCCAGUGGUUCAUAUGCAUUUCUAUACGAAAAAAAUGACCAACACAAUAGCAAAAGUAUAAAUUCCCUUAUGGGUCCAGAGCUGAUCAAAACAGAAGGAUGUAAAAUUAGUUUCUACUAUUACCUAUCAUCGAAAUCACCUAAUUCAUCCCAAAUCAAUAUCUAUGCAAGUAACUCUGAUGAUAAAGUCCUUCUAGAAACAGUAAACGAUUUAUCAGAUUUUGGUUUUAAGCGUGUAAUGAUCGCCUUGGAUUCCGUUAUUAAACCGCCUUACAGAGUUUCAAUUGAAGGUGUUUUGGAUUCAAAUAAAGAAUCAUCUUUGAUAGCUAUUGAUGACAUUUCAUUUAACUCUGCCUGUUAUGGUAAAAGUAAAAGCAAACCAUCACCUAUUCCUCAACCUGGACCUGAACCUGAUAAAAAUUGUAAAGGAAAUGAAUUUUACUGUGAAGCUGAUAAAAAGUGCAUUGAUAUUGAGAAUACUUGUGAUUACAUAAAUGAUUGUUCUGACGGAGCUGAUGAAAAAAACUGUGGCUCUUGUGAUUUUGUUGAUGGUUUGUGUGGCUGGAGAAACGAAGGAUCAAAUCUUUGGUUACCAAUUAAUCGUUCAACAGCUGAACAAGAAGGAUUUCCGAAUCAAAUCUCAAAUCCUAGCACAUUUUUGAUUGCUACAAGUUCGCCAUCAGGUGGUUCAGUUGCAAUUAGAUCACCAUUAUUAGGAAAGACAAGUUCAAUUUGUUUGUUCAAAUUUAAAUAUCAUCUUUCAGAUCAAACAAAACUUAGUGUUAGAAAAAGACAAGAAAAUUCCUUGGUAUCCAAAACGAUUGUGGAAUUAUUGCAUGAUGGACCAGAUUCUUCUGAAUGGGUUGAUGAUCAAUUGGAAUUGAAUUCACUUGAUUAUAUUCAAUUUAUUCAAUUUGUUCUCGAUUCUCGGCCUUCUGAUCGAUUCUUUUUGUCCACUGGUCUAAGUAACUUCAACCUUUUAUAUUGUGUCAAUUUUGAUGCAUUUAAUUGUAAUUUUGAUACAAACACUUGUGGCUGGACUGAUGCAGGCUCCAAGGACCUCUCUUGGAAGCUGAUAACUAACACUAGUUUCACUGGCGAUGAAAAGACUAAAUUUGGUUUUGGUAAAUACAGUAAUCAAGAACAUCCAUCUUUCAUCAAUCUUGACAUCAAUCAUGAUCAUGAAGUGAAUUUAAUCCGAACUUUAACUUCACCAUGGCAAUAUGCUACCGAUGUAUUUUGUUUCUCAUUUGACUAUCGUUUAUUAGCAUUUGCUGAAACAGACCUCAGUUUAGUUAUCGAAACUCCAGGUGGUAUAAUGAGAACCUUAUUCAUGAAGAACAGUCAGCCCAAUUAUGGAUGGAAUCAAGCAAAAGUAACAAUUAAGAAUGUUUACGAGUUUCGUUUAACCUUUAAAGUUGAGAUGGGUUCAAAUGCAGGAGAUAAUGUCAUUUCUCUGGAUAAUUUCAAACUUUCAACCGAAUCAUGUGCUUUUCAUCAAGCUUCUUGCGAUUUCUCAACUGGUACAUGUGAUUGGGUGAACGAGGGAUGGACAAUUGUACAAAAACAAAUAGUACAAUCGGCUGAUGGACAAACAAGAAACUAUUAUUUACGCAACACUGGCAAUAAAGGGGCAAAAUUGACAUUGAAUAGUUUCGAUGAAGCUGAAUCUUCUAGAUGUUUGUCUUUUUGGUAUUCUCAUACAUUUAAUGUCUCUUCUGAGCUGCAGAUUAAUUCACUUAAAGGAGAUAAAAUUGUUUCGUCUGAAAUUGUUCCCUAUCAUGAGUUGGCUAAUGUUUGGAGUUAUUACGCAUCUUCUGUAAUGAUUAAAAAGGAUUAUAAAAUUUCUAUUGGAGCUAAACCAUUAGGAACUUUUGAUUCAGUUUAUCUUGAUGAUAUUACAUUGUAUAAUGAACCUUGUGAUAAUCCAGGAAACUGUGAUUUUGAUUUUGAUUCAUGUGGUUGGCAAAACAUAAAUAACGCUAAAUGGAGACGUAACAUUGGAGUGACCCCAUCAACGGACAACUCAUUAGCUGACCAGUUAAAUUUUGCUUUAAGAGGCUGGUUUUUAUUUGUCCGAAUGAAUGAGUUAGUCCAUGGAAAUUUGGCAACAUUGGAAAGUAUAAGGUUAAUCCAAACUCCUCCAGUCUGUUUAACAUUUAAUUAUCUCUUCACUUCUGGUCAGUCCAAUGAAGCCAAAAUCACAAUCAAAUCUGUUGAUUUACAAAAAGAUUCAACUUCAAGAAUAGAUGAAAUAGUUGAUGAUGGUACAAUCGAAUGGAUGAAUUUUGAAAAGACAAUCAGAUCAGGUUAUGCAUUUAAAAUUUUGUUAAUCGCAUCCGCAAGGACCAAUGCAUCUGGUGAUAUAGCGAUCGAUGAUAUUAAAUUUACUCCUGGAAAAUGUGCAAAUGAUAUAGAAACAACAACAGAACAAUUAACGACACAUCAAACAAGUGUAAUCACUGAAGAUACUCGACAUCCAACUCAGCCUACGGUCACUCCUUUGCCAAUUACAAUUCCAGACGAUACUAAAUCCAAUUCAACUUCAAAUCACGCACUUUCGUACUUAACUGCUAAUGCUUUAUUAAUCCUUAUGAAACAAAAUGCACAUAUAAUUGUUGGGAUUAUCGCUGUUGUUUGCAUGAUACUUCUACCAAUGGCAUUUGUUAUUCGUCAUCUACUAAAACCAGCCAAAUCUUAUCGAUCUGAUACUAAUAUAGCUAUGGAUAACAAAGUUUACGACAUCUAUUCAGGAUCUGGUCAUUCUUCAACAAAUGAUGAAAUGUAUGAAAACAUUGACAAUGAAUUGAGUUCAUCUUUACAAUUUGAGAUGAAAAAAAUUGCUGAAAGUGAAGGACUUUGAUAUUAUUGUAAAAUUUUCACUACUUUGUGACAUGUAAAUAUUAUGCUAAUACACCUAAAAGUUUAUAAAAAAAAGUUGAAUCUUUCAUUCGCGAAAAAAGACAAUUAAAAAUUUUAAAUCAA